UUCCCCUUCCCCCCCGCUCCCGCAGUAGCCCCCCCUCCCCCCCCCACGAUGACUGAGGACUGGGUGGAGUGCCCCGCCCUGGGGCCCGGCUGGAAGCGACGGGAAGCUUUCCGGAAAUCUGGGGCCACCUGCGGCCGCACUGAUACCUACUACCAGAGCCCCACAGGGGAGAAGUUUCGCAGCAAGAUUGAGCUGAGCCGGUUCCUGGGUCCUAGCCGUGACCUUGGCAACUUCGACUUCAAGAAUGGGCUGGAGCACUCGGGCCCCCCCCAAAACCAGGAAGGGCCCGAAAUGGCGCCCACCUGCGGGGCACCCCCCGGAGCCCCCACCGGAGCUCCCCCCCGCCCGGAGGAGCAAGUGGAGGAGGCUGAGGCAGUGGAGGCCCUGCCCCCCCCCAGCUGCCGAGGCCCCAGCCCCGGCCCCCCCCACCCCUCCGCCUCUCACGACGCACCCGCAAGCGGCCACCCCCAGAGCCCCCCCAGGACCGGGGUGGUGGCGUGCUGCGCCAGCUGCCAGAGCAUCUUCCCGGGGGUGACACUGCCCAGUCAGCGCCGCUGCCGCUGGCUCUGUCCUGAGUGUCGCGCCCAGAGACGUGACUUCAACCGGGAGCAGCGGUUCUUCAAGCGGGUGGGCUGCGGUGCCUGCCAGGCCUGUCGCAUCCCGAGGACUGUGGCAUCUGCAGCGCCUGCGCCCGCCCCACCCCACCCCCCGCCCGCCCCCCCAAGUGCCUCCUGCGCCGCUGCCCUCCGCAUCGUCAAGAAGGGCCUAGGCUGCGGCUCCUGCUCGGGCUGCCUGGCCACAGAGGACUGCGGCACCUGCUGCAUCUGCCUGCGCCGCCUCAAGCCCGGCCUCAAGCGCCAAUGGCGCUGCCUGCGCCGCCGCUGCCUACGCCCCAAGAGGUCAGGGGUCACCAAGAAGACGACUUACAGCCCCCGCAAGCUGACGGUGAAAUGGAAGCCCCCUGUGGAGCGGGAACCAGCGCCACCCCAGCACCCGGCACAGGAAGCAGCUGAACAAGGUCAAGGAGAAGAAGAAGCCAGGGAGACCCCCCAAGCACGCUGGAGCCCGCGGUGGGGGCGGGG